GCAGCAUUACGGUUAGAUAGUAAUUGUACAGAGAUAGUAACUAUAUAGCGCAUUGGCAAUAAUAUAGCACGACGUAUCCCCAAUUUACAUUAUUCUGUCGAUAAAUAUAUACGGAGGAUACAUACACGUCAACAGUAAAUAUGUCGACUGACGUAAACAUGCAGGCUGAGAAGCACAAUGAAGAAGCGAGUGUCGAUAAGACCGAAGAAGAAGAGGGCAGAUCGUCUAAAGACAUGCAUGCGCAAAACGGCAGUCCCGUUUACGGGGGCUGUGAAGGACCAAACGCAAUGUACGUGAAGCUGGUCAGUAGCGACGGCCAUGAGUUUAUCGUUAAACGGGAACACGCGUUAACGAGCGGUACUAUCAAAGCAAUGUUAAGCGGUCCUGGUCAAUUCGCGGAAAAUGAAGCCAACGAAGUCAACUUCCGAGAAAUCCCGUCUCACGUGUUACAAAAGGUCUGCAUGUAUUUUACUUACAAAGUACGCUACACAAACAGCAGUACAGAAAUACCAGAAUUCCCUAUUGCACCUGAGAUUGCUUUGGAAUUAUUAAUGGCUGGCAACUUCUUAGACUGCUAAACAUCAUUCAUAAAAGUAUACUAGCUUUUAUUGGCACGUGACGGAACAUAUAGGAACACUGCAGCUUUCUUCAUUAUGGUCAUUUAAGAUGAAUCUAUGUAUUGUGAUAUUUGGAAGACCGUAUCGGGACGUAAUAAUUGAUCGCUUUGGACUCUCAUAUAUUCGUGACUCAUGAACAUUUUAGUGCGACGAGACAAUGCAAUGUCACAAAGUUUUAUAGUUACGAAACCUGAAUAUUCCACUCGUGUUAUGCUUCAUAAUUUAUAUAGUCGCAGACACAUAAUAUUGUAAUGCUUAAAAUAAUUACCGAUAAAGUAAAGAAAAUACGUACCACUCACAAUCUUCUAGCAGAUCAUGCAUACACAUAUAUAUCUCACCUGUUGUAUACUUAAAUUAUAUAUUUCAGUAAAUUAUUGUUAUCAAAAUAAGAGAAAUAACGUCAACUUAAUAUAUUGACGUCUGCUAGGUGCGUUAGGUGACAAAUACUUUUCAUUGUAUUAAUAUUGUGGCAAAUAUAUGUAUACAGAUACCUCUUUUGUUAAAUAUAGUUAUACGUAUUUGUAUUCUUGGUUUACAUAUUGAUUAUAUUUACACUUGUGUAUCAUCCGUACUCGGGCACCGUGUGAGGUUUAUUGAUACAUUGCAGAAGGAAGAUUAGGUUUGAUAGAGCACUUGAUAGGAUAUAUCACUUUUAAUCAAUAAGUUACAUAUAAAAGUCAGAUAUUGUACAUGAUAUGCAAAGGAAUGGCAAACUACACGUUUAUACAAGUUUUGUAAGCGUGUUUAAGAGGUCUCGUAUACUAAUAAAUUUAAUGUA